AUGAAAGUUUUGGUCAGAAAAAACCCGCGCGUGAUCGCGUUAGAAGGGAAUACACAUGCACUCACGUUCACCACAGAGAAGAAGGAACAAAACGAGUCGCUGCUGGCGCCACGCGUGGUUGUCCAUUUGCUGUCGCGCAAUUCGGUGUCGCGGGAGAAAAAGUUCGUGCCGUUGGUUAACAAAAACGUCUUCGGAUGUCUAGGUCUAAUAACCAUCCAAGGAGCCAUUUUUUUGGCCGUGAUCACUGGCGCGGUGACGGAUGUGGCGCUGCCGGUUCCAUACGAGUCGGUCAACCGCAUCUUUGCGGUCGAGUUUGUUUGUUUGUCCUCGGAUGAGUGGGAUUUCGUCGCUUUGGACGGCAGUGGAUAUCCAUUGAUUAACGAUACAGACGAAUACGAUACUAGUAGCAAUAACAGCCCGAGUCCCGGCAGAAUCGCGCACCCAUGCUGGGAGCUCCGGAAACUCUUGCUGAACGGCCUGUUUUACUUCUCCAAUAACUUCGACUUGACGUCGUUGCUCCAAAAUAGAGGCGUAGAUAAAUCCAAGUUGGAGCAGCAGAAUUCCGAUUUUGCCAUCGACGGCGUCCAUUACCAGGAACAGUACAUGUGGAACAGCUUCUUGAUGGAGGAAAUGCUCCGUUUCCGGGGCCAAUUGGAUGAUCUCUCGGCGCAGGCGCUUGAACGAAACCGGUUCUUGACCACUGUCAUUCGUGGAUUCGCAAAAACGACAAACCUAGGCGGCGGAAACACCAUCACCAUCGUCUCCAAGCAGUCCUGGAAGCGUGCGGGCACGCGGUUUCUCUCGCGCGGUAUUGAUGACGACGGGUAUGUCGCCAACUUCGUCGAAUCCGAAUUCGUUUUCUAUAACCCAUCCAAAGGCCUGGUUUUCGCUUUCACCCAGAUCAGAGGCUCUGUCCCAGCGUUUUGGGAACAGGAUCUGACCCUCAUCAACCCUAAAAUUACUGUGACCCGUUCUAUAGAUGCCACCCAGUCCAGCUUCGAUGCACACUUCAACGAGAUCUGUGCUAAGUACAACGCAUGCCAUAUAGUGAAUUUGCUUUCCAAGACGAAGCUGCUGGAGGCCGAGCUUCUGCGGCGCUACACAGAGCUCCUCAACAAGUCCUCGCAUGCCGACCACCUCUUGUAUACCCACUUCGAUUUCCAUGCCGAGACAAAGCCUCUGAGCGGUGGAUUCGCGGGCGCGUCAAAACUCCUUCCAUUUAUUCAUAGCUCGCUCGAGCAAUUUGGAUGGUUUGACUUCGAUAUCGCGGUCGGUGAAGUCGUUACCCGACAAGACGGUGUAUUGAGAGUCAAUUGUUUGGACUGCCUCGACAGAACCAACUUGAUUGAGCAGGUUGUGUGUCAAACAGUAAUCAAGCACAUCAUGCUGAACCAAUCCGAGACACAUGGAAAUUCUGGCCGUGACCGUGCCAGACUCGAGGAUAUGAUUGUUCGUCACAAUGACUUGUGGGCGGAUAACGGUGAUGCCAUCUCGCAGAUCUAUACUGGAACAAAUGCAUUGAAGUCUUCCUUUUCUCGUUCCGGUAAAAUGAAUCUCGCCGGCGCUCUCUCGGAUGUGACAAAAUCCGUAUCCCGGAUGUAUCAGAACACAUUCGUAGAUUCCAAGAAGCAGUCAACUAUCGACUUGCUCUUGGGAAAAGAUGGCCGUUUUUCAAUUCCCGUCCAGAUAUUUGACCCAAGCAGCGACUACGUGACCGGAAAGCUCAAAGAAUGCGAGUCAUCUUAUACCUCAUACAACGAAAUCUCAAUUUUCACAGGAACAUACAACGUCAAUGCCGGUACUCCAACAUCUAUCAAAGACCUUUCAUCCUGGCUUUUUCCGCCGGAGAACACUACAACAGAUAGCCCAGAUAUCUACGGUAUUGGAUUGCAAGAACUUAUUGAACUUAACGCGGGUUCAAUACUAGCAGGAGACACCUCCAAGCCCGUUUUAUGGGCAAAAGCUUUAGAUCAGGUCCUCAACCUGCAAGACGAGCAGUACGUGCUUUUGAGAACAGAGCUGAUGUCAUCUGUUUGUCUCUUUUUGUUCGUCAAGAAAUCAAAGGUCUCCUUUGUAACUCAAGUUGCUGGCUCUUCCAAAAAAACCGGCCUUGGUGGCAUGACAGCCAACAAAGGUGCAUGUGCUGUCAGGUUUGAUUAUGGCCUGACUUCGUUUGCCCUUGUCACGUCGCAUCUUGCGGCUGGUGUAAAUGCAACAAUUGAGCGCCACAACGACUACUCAACCAUUAUGCUGGGACUUUCAUUUACUCGUAAUCUCACAUUGAGCGACCAGGAUCAUCUCAUCUGGUUUGGUGACUUGAACUACCGUCUCAACAUGACUAACGAUCGUGUACGGUCGUUGAUCGAGCAUGGGGCCUUUGACGAAUUGCAAGACUAUGACCAAUUGCUUCUUGAAAAGAAGGAACGCGGAGGCGCAUUUAAUGGCUUCAAAGAGGAUAGGAUCUUAUUCUAUCCGACCUACAAAUUCGAUAGGGGCACAUCUCAAUAUGAUACUUCUGAGAAGCAGAGAGUGCCCUCUUGGACAGACAGAGUUCUUUACCGCAGUAGAAAGGGCAAUGAUCUCAGGUCCAUCAACUAUAACUCCGUGAUGGAUGUGAGCUUGAGUGACCACAAGCCAGUUUAUUCUACGUUUGUAUCGAAGGUCAAAUUCGUGGAUGAAAAGAAGAAACUCGAAUUGUCGCAGAAGUUCUACAACACUUACAAGGUGGAGAACGGCGACACGAGCGACGAUGCACGGAGUACCAUUUUCGGCACCGACAAUGACUCCAUCUACUCCUCGAAUACAAAUGGCGGAGAGAAUGGCUUUGCCUCCGACGCUUUAGCAGACUUGAAUCUUUUGGACGCAGACAUCGCACCUCCAAAACCGCCGCCAAGAUCGAGAACGCAGCCAAUGCCUGCCCUUCCUCGAAAGGUUCCACCUCCACCAAUGAGUCGCAAGGCCCCACCAUCUGAUGUUCCUGUUUUGCUUACUGGAGCCAGUGGAGAUAUACCCAGUCAUCCGGCAAUGAGGCCCAGCUCUUCUAACAGCGGGACUCCUCCACCACCGCCCAGAAGAGCUGCAACGCAAUUCGCCGAUUUUGGUAUUUCAUCUGCGCCGCUUACUCCCAAAAGUUACUCGCCCGUGCCCUCGUCCAAGGGCUCUAGCGUGGACAUUUCUGCAUCUACCAUCGAUAGCUCUGGUAUUCGUCCAAUGAAGCCCGUGAAGCCCUCUGCGCUUUCGGCGACCAAGGUGGAAACCUCUAGCUCUGCUGGUCCGGAUGUGGUAACUCUGCCCGCAAAGACGGCAAAACCUGCUCCUCCGCCAUCGCGCGCCAAUGCAUCUCCACAAGCUGCCGGUGUUCUGAUGACCAUGUCAGAUUGGAAGCCGCUUGUUCCCAAAUGA